AUGAACUCUACGGUCAACGUCGCAGCGCCGAAAGAAGCGAUCACUGAUGACGAGAGAAGCGUGAAGGAUGAGCCUGCAGAAGAGUCUCCAACAGCCGCAGUGAAGUGGUGGCGCAUCCGGCCAACGGUGGAACCGCUGGUGCUGCUGUUUAUGUUCUCCUACCAGCUGACGCACUCGGUGGUUAACGGGCUCUUCCUGGAGCGCGUGUGUGGCUCCAGUGACCCCAACGUGUGCACCAACGAGGACCGCACCUACUCCAGCACACUCAACACCUGGAGAGGCAUCAUCGAGGCCACCGUGCCCGCCAUUGUGUCGCUCUUCGUUAUCAGCUGGAGCGACAAGUUUGGACGGCGACCCAUCUUCAUCUGGUCCUUUGCCGGGAACACCAUCACGUACGGCGUGUUCUCCGUGCUGUCUGCGAUUCCAGGCCUAGCGCCGGAGUGGUUGCUGAUGCCGUCCAUAGCGGCCACCUUCAGCGGCGGCCUGUUGAUCCUCAUGGCUGUCGCCAAUGUCUACAUCGCCGACGUCAGCCCUGUGGGGCAGAAAGAGCUCAGACUGGGCAUACUGGACGUCUCGAUGUACUCGGCCCAGAUGCUGGCGUCAGCGCUGUCGUCGCCGCUGUUCGUGGCCCUCAACUACUACGGGGUGUUCGCGCUGGCCGCAGGCCUCAUGCUGCUGUGUCUGCUGUACUCCAUCUUCCUGCUGCCGGAGACCACUGCGCCCUACACGCCGCCUGAAGACGAGAGCUGCGGCUGCUGCAAGGGGAUCUUCCGCCCACAGCUGGUGAUCGAUGCGCUCAAGACGUCUGUGAUGAAGCGGCCUCACCACGGACGCACAGUCAUCCUCAUACUCGUCUUCGUGACCGUCACUGGUUCCCUCAUUGCCCAAGGUACCAUGGUGGGCGUGAUGCUGUUUGUGAGGUGGCUGAAACUAGCCGAUGGCUGGAUAGCCCUCAACACCUUCUCCUGCAAGAUCGCUGCCUCCAUUAUUUAUGCCAUAUCACCGGAGUGGUGGUACAUGUACUUGGGCGGAGCUAUAAAUUGCUUCGGAGCCUUGAUCUGGGUUCAGAUCAAGGCAAUGCUGACGAAGCUGGUCGCCAAGGACGAGAUAGGCCAGGUGUUCGCGCUGGCGGUGACCUUGGAGGCUUUGGCCCCGCUGGUGGGGCCUCCCAUCUACAACGCUAUCUUCAGGGCGUCCAUCGAUUACUUCCCUGGAGCUUUCCACUUGUUGUCCGUCGGGAUCAUGGCACUCGACCUUGUCGUGCUGCUAUUUGCCAUUUUUCUAAACCGAGGGGCGAAGAAGGAGCCGCAGCAGCGGCAACAAGAGGAGGCGUACCCACUGCCCGCCUGA